CGAGCACACAAUUAGACGGCAAUCAAGUUGACCGCAGCAUAAAGCGACGCGGGCGAUGAGCCACGGGAUGCCGGACGCCUCAGCGCACGCCACAGACGAGGAUAAGCCCCGCAAGAACCACUCGGGUCCUCGCAAACGUCGACCCAAGAAGAAACCCAGUUCUCGCGCUGUAAACGCGCCUACAACGCCCGAACGGCCUCCAAAUGCGACUGUAUCAACCCCUAUAUCAGCGUUACAUGAUACACCAGAGUCCACCGGCCUCUGCGCCGCUGCUGCGCCCUUCACACCGCUCAGCACACACAUCCACAGCUUCGUGACGCCUCCAUUGGCUCCAGUUCUAGCUCCAGAGACCGAGAUGCUCUUCAGUCCACUCAGAACGCCGAGUCCUGCCUCAAAGUCGAGGCCUCAGAUCUCUCGUCCUUCAACUUCCAGACUCUUUCGACACCCUGAGCUGAGUCCUGAAGAGCGCGCCGUUAUUAGAGGAGAACAGGAGCAGCAGGCGGCCGAACGAGCCUAUUGGACACAAUGGGUCAUCGAAGCUGCUGAGAAGGAGCGAGCACGACGGUUAAACGUCUUAAAGCAGCUCCAAAGUGAAGAAGAGGAGGAGAUCCAACGUAGAAGACAAUGGGCUAUCGCCACCAUUGAGAAGGAACAGGAAGCCAUGAUGCGAGAGAUGUUUCUGGACAAUAUGAAGAACACCCAGUGGUUCCAGUCCACCAUCUCGAGGUUCUCCGAGGACUACGAGGUAGUCUGUCCUAAUAGCUGGUUCGGAUGUACAUUUAGCUGCAUGUUGAAGGACUUGGAGUCACAUCUAGAACGCUGUGUAUACCGCCAGGUACCGGAUACUCUGGACCAAGUGGUGGAGGAUACGACGACGGACUUUUAUUCAUACGAUGUGGUGUGUCCGAACGCAGUACUGGGUUGUAAAGAGAUCUGUUCGCGCGAGAAUCUAGCGGAACAUCUUGCUAAUUGCCCCGUUAAUGGGAUGUCGAGAGAGAAAGAGUGGGAAGAGCGACUAGAGUGGAGGCGCAGCGUCAUUCAAGCGACGGAGAAGGAGCGAGAGCGUCGAAUGGACGAGGAACGUGCUGAAGGAGGAGCCAAUGGACCAGGCUUAUCGUUCGGUAAUUUACAGCGACUCUACGAAGAGCAGACUGCGAUGAUGCAGGUUGUCUUACAUGACGAGAUCGUGGACUUUUACAACCACCACAGCCGAGAAGCACGCGACAAACGUCCGUGGAUGCAGAAGGCGAUUGCUAUGGUGACAGAAGAGAUCGAAUUGCUAUGGAAUCAUUGCGUACAAGUGGAAGGGUACGGUUCGUUUGCCACGAGGUUACAUGGAGAGUCAAGCGACGUGGAUCUGGUGGUCUUUGGGGCCACAGAAGAGUUUAAUUUUACCAGUCAACAGUGCGUGGAGGCGCUAGCUGAUCAUGUUCGCGAGUUAUCUGCUUAUGUCGAUGUAAGCGCGAUCACACGAGCGUCAAUCCCGUUACUAAAAGUCGUGGUUUUAGUGACUAUCGACGGCGUGGAGCUGCGUAUUCCAUUCGACAUUACGUUCGAUGAACCGCACGGUAUUCACCAUAACGGCGUGGCGAGUGUGACGUUAGUACAAGGCCUCGCAAGUGCAUUCUACGGGCUGCGAGAGCUGACGCUUGUAUUGAAACAUUUCCUGGUGGAACGUGGCCUUAACGACCCGUACGUUGGCGGCUUGUCAUCCUACGGUUUGUUGUUGAUGGUUGUGUUUGUGUUACGAGAACAAGGAGCUCUGAUUUCGAUGGUCGACGGCCAGAAGCUCACUCUUGACGACGAUCUGGAAGAGCUGAAGCCUGCUGCGAGCACGCGUUGGCAUCCUCGGUAUGAAGCUCAGUGUCUCAAAGGAGAGUUAAUAGCGAAAGAAAUCGUCAAGCAAUGUUCAGCCAAGCAACAACCAAAGAAGAACGAGACGAAGAAGCACAAGAAGAGAGCGAAACGCGCUGUCCUCCCGUCGUUUGUGACUGGAUCCGAGGACGACGAACACGAGACCAAGCCUUAUCUUUUAGGCAAAUUACUCAUGGAUUUCCUGCAAUUUUACGGCAACGACUUCAGACAGAACCUGGAUCAAGUGUCCGUCGUGUCAUGGGGUGAGCCGACGAUGCUGUCGGUGGAUACGUCUCCUAUGGCGAGGUCCAUGUCCCCUGCGCUGUCUCCUUCUCUGUCUCCUACUGUGGGUCGCUCCCGCUCCAACUCGCCCUUGAUGCUAGCGCCACCGCUAUCACGUGACGGUUUGCUGGUCAUCGAAGACCCUUUACAGCCUGACAACAACGUGGGCAAGUCGUGCUAUCGAGUGAGUCAAGUGUUUCGAGAUUUUUCGGACUUUUUGAGCUUCUUAACUGCUCUGAUCGUACGAGGCAGCGUCAUGACAACAGGCAAGAAGAAAGGAGACUCAAAUGGACACACUUCUCCUCCAAACUCAACGGCAGUUCAUGAGCCAACGUGUCGGAUUCUAACGUCGGUGUUUGACAUGAAGACAAGGGAGAAACGCGCCAGCUUGGACUUGCGUGAACAGACCACUACUCCGUCUGCUUCCUAACACACUUUUACUGCUGUAGCUUCCAGCUGAUGGUCUCUCCGGCCUUAAGAGGGACCACCACGCCGUUGUCGAACGGGUAGCUGUCCGGCACAGUCCAGUCCUCCUUCUUCAAGACUGUCUCGCCUACAGUAUUGCGCUUGAUGCCGUAGAAAUCGGCUCCGUUCUCGCACGCGAAGGCACGCAGCAAGUCCAGUUUGCCAAUGGACUCGAAGGCUUCUGCGUACAGUUCAAGAGCAGCGUGAGCCGAGUAGAUACCGGCACAUCCACAGCCUGAUUCCUUCUUGGAAGACACGUGUGGAGCGCUGUCUGUACCGAGGAAAAACUUCUUGCUGCCACUGGCAACAGCCUGGAGCAGAGCUUGACGGUGCGUCUCUCGCUUCAGUACAGGCAGACAGUACUUGUGUGGGCGGAGACCACCUUGGAAGAUUGCGUUGCGGUUGUACAGCAAAUGUUGCGGGGUGAUGGUUGCAGCAACAUUAGCUGGCGCGUUGGUGACGAACUCGGCCGCUUCUUUGGUGGUAAUGUGCUCCAUCACGACCUUAAGUUGCGGGAACUUGGCCACCAAAGGCUUGAUCACCUGCUCUACGAACGUGGCUUCGCGGUCGAAUAGAUCCACCGAUGGGUCGGUUACUUCACCGUGUACUAGCAGCGGCAUCCCGACGUCGGCCAUGGCUUCAAGUGCCGGGUAAAUGUUGUCGAUCUUGGUCACUCCAGAGUCCGAGUUGGUCGUAGCUCCCGCUAUGAUAGUAUAAGUACCGUCAGAUGGUAUAUGAUGGUUAGUAUGAGGCUACACGUACCGGGAUAGAGCUUAACAGCAAAGAUUUUCUUGGUUUCGGCGGCGCGACGGAUCUCGUCGGCGGUCGUGCCGUCCGUCAUGUAGAGCGUCAUUAAAGGCUCGAAGCCGUUGGGACUGUUAGGCUCGCGCUUCUCUUCGGGAACGUGAGCCAUGAUGCGCUCGCGGUAGGCCAAAGCUUGCUCCGUGGUGGUCACGGGCGGCACCAAGUUGGGCAUCACGAUGCAGCGUGCGAACUGGGACGUCACGUGCGUCACCGUGCGGCUUAGAGCAGCAUCACCGUCACGCAAGUGGUGGUGCAGGUCGUCGGGACGAGCGCCGACCCACUUGAUCUCAGUUUGGGAAGACAUUGUGACGCUGCAGAAGGAUAAAAAGCGAGAAGCGGAAGCUCGAGAUGAAGUUGAGACGGAAUUCCGGAUCGCAGCCAACCACAUGAGCUAUGCCAGCGAGCGGACGCGACGAGGAGCACUGUGGACCACACGAUUGUAGCGGUAAGGUUCUUUUUGACAAAAAAGUUUUUUUUUUUUUUUUGUAGAAUCCAUUCGGAUUCUACUUCACGGAAAUCCUCUUCGACUACCUGAGUGUCGUACUGGAAAUGGCAAUUGAUAUUGAUAUCGAACAAACCAGCACGUGUGUAGGAGUUGUCUGCACUAAGUUUGACGAUCGCAGUCAUGAACAUCAGCGAAUUGAAGCCAAUCCCAGCUGAAGGCCAAGACGGAACGGGUGACCAACAAACCAGAGAAAUAGACUGACGAUACGGUUGUCUAAAUCAAUGUAACCAUGAGAAAUUCAGAACGCGACUGCAGUGUUAACAACGUAGGGGAGAAAUCUUCCCAGCGCAGAAGCAGCCGAUUCAGGAUUCCGCAACGAUGACGCAUCCGAUAACGUUGCGAAGAAAGAAACGCAGCAUCCUUGCGGCGUGAGACCAUUGCAAAACCACUCGUGGGCCACGAAUCGUAGUCGAC